AAACAUUUCAAGCACUAACCAUCUGAAAUUCAUGAAUACGGCUUUGAGAUGAAGCUAACGCCAGUCUACUUAUAAGCAGUAGGUGUGACCUUAUGUUUUCGAACACUGCUCCACAUAGUCUCACGUGCUACCAUCAAAUGUGACAGAUCACUCUCAGUGAGCCUAGACUAAGCCCAAUGGAUUUAAAGCAGCAGCCAAAAGGAAGCAUGGAAUAUUAUCAUAUUGUCAGUAAUCUCUCUGAAAGUCUGUCUUUCUCUAAAGAUGUCAUGUACGAGAUGGGAGCAAAUGGCGUUCCAUAUAGCAAAGCUGACUUCAGCCAUCUUUACCGUACAUCAGGCCUUUUGGCACGAGUUAGUAGAUCUAAAAACAUUAAAAAAGCAGAAACAAAAGUAUCGCCAUGCCACACUCGUCACAAAGCUCAGGAGAAUGUGAGAGACUUGAUAGCUCCUUUUCCAGUAAACCUGCCACCACUGCAUACCACAUAUUCCAGAUCAUCAGCUGCCAAGGAGUGUGUGACAGUUCCUGGUCACCAAGGCAAAGUGUUGGACUCAUGUAAAAUAACAGGGUUGGGAGGCCACUCAAAUGCGUAUAGUUGCCUCAAACUGGUAACUGCUAGUGACCAGGAUGGACAGAGCAGGAAUGACAAGUGGCAGGAUUGUGUAUUGAAGAAGCUCACCAAGACCACUGCCCAGUGGAUUGUCAGCCAGCAGGUUCCUAGACAAAGCCAGUACAAGGCAGGUCUACAGUCACUGCUAAAGGGUCAGUAUGGUUCGGCCAGUGCCACAGACUUGGUAACUGAUGAGCACAUGUUUGAGGAGGACUUCUGUGGGCUCUACGAAGUACCCAAAUGCAGUCCAGAUCCCAGAGUGCUGCAGAGCAGUAAGGUUGAGACACCACUACCAGUUUAUUACAGGGUGCAAGGUUACCUUGUCUCACCUGCCUGCACAGAUGAGAAAGGUGGGUUCAGUCAGACAGCAAAUGAUGUGACCGUCACACAUAUGGAGACCCCAAGGCCCCCAUGCCUACAGGAGAGUCUGAAACCACGCAUGGGAAAAUAUGUUUUUCACACUGAAAACAACUUUGAACAGGAGCUCUACUCAGGUAAACUAAAUGUAGUUCAAACUGUAAAUUCAAGGUACCAUAAGUACAUCCAGGAUUUGUUUCCAUGUGGUCCAGAGAAGUGGACGGGUUCCCUAGCAGUUGAAAUGGACAGGAUGGGAAAAGGUGCACAACAAUGGGUAGAUCUGCCCACCAAAGCUGACUAUGCCACAGAGCUGGGGCCUAGGCUUCCUGACUACAGUGGACAAGACACGGAGGUGCCCAAGCAGCAGGCCCACUACAGACCCAUGCUGAAACAUUCCUUGCUCCGCUAUGCGGUGGAGAAGUGGAGGGAUGCCUGGAAGAUUAAAACAAAGUGGCAGAGUAUGACUGUUGAGGGCUUGAAGAAGGCUCUCACUCACCUGCACUACCACGUUCGGCUGGUGGCCAUUGCUACUUGUGCAUCAGCUGCAGUUAACAGACCACAAGAGGAGCUGGAUCUCACUAAAGCAGCUCAGCGUAGUCAGGACUGGGAGGUAGAGGCAGUACCUCCGGAACUGCAGCCUCUACUUCUCGCUGCUCUUCAUGAUCCAGAGAGGACAAUUCAGAUGGCAGCUGCUCUGUGCCAGUAUGCCAUCGGUAGACCCAGUGCCCAUGCACGAGACAUACUCCGAGACAUCCUUUGGCAAGAUUAUUCAAGAAUAGGAGCAAACAGCUGGGCUGCAGCACAGUGUCUGGCAAUAGAGGGUGAAGCCAGUCAAGCUGUCAUAGAAAGGCUUCUUUCUCAGCACUUUGCCAGCAGUACCAUGUUAGACAAACAGCAGGCUGCCAAUCUGCUAGUCAGCAUUAGUAGGAAGACAACCCUAGUGCGCUCUCUACUGGCAGAAGAGUUGAACAGUGCAAAUAGUUCAACCCGAGUCCUGGCUUGUAACAUCAUUUCACAACUCAAAUGCCCAGUCAACAAGGAUAUCACCAGCAAGCUGAUCUACUUGAUGUGGAAUGACUGGAGUGGUGCGGUGCGUCAGGCAGCAAUACAAGCUCUGGGCAAACUGGCCAUGGGAAGUGUUAUACAUGAUGAGUUACGAGUCAGACUGGAUAAAGGUCCUUUCUCCUGGCGUGUGGAGGCACUAGUCCUUAUGGGACAACUAAAGAUAAUGACAGCCAAACUGUUGCCCACUUUCUUGCGCUGCCUGAAAGACGACUUUGUAGUCGUACGCAAGCAAGCCUGCUUGACUGCAGCUUCUCUCCAGAUAAAAGAUGAGACCAUCCUGAAUCAACUCAUUGAGUUAACGCAGAAUGAUCCAUCAUGUGAGGUGAAGGAAGUAGCAAUCAACACUUUGAGGAGAAUUGGCUGCCUGACACCUUCACUCCAGGAGAACUUGUUGUGGGUACUACACCAUGAGGAGGAGCCCAGAGUGCGUAUUGCUGUCUGUCAGGCCUUGAAGAGCUUAGAUGUAAAAGGCCCUGAGCUACAAAAUGUCCUGCAGGAGUGCUAUGUCUUGGAAACCAACCCACAGGUUCAUAGGCACAUUGAGGAACUGAUGAAAAGCAAUGGAUACAGUCUGGAAGGGGACAAGAGCAUGGUCCACAGGAUAACAGACCAGAUCCAGAAACUCUGCGGGAAGAGCAUAAUCACAGAAUGUAUACUGCUGUUAGAAGAGCUGGAACUUCAGCAACAGUAUCAUAAGUCGUCGCUAGGACAAGAGGGGCAGCCAACAACCUCAGCCAUGGCCACACUACAGCAGGAAAGAUGCAAAGGUUUAGAAACCCAAGCAAGUCUUCUGUUUCCCUAUACCCAUUUAAUUACAUUACAUUAAUUGUAUAUUUUCAUAUUACAGAUAAAAAAAAAAUCAGCAAGGAGUUUAUCAGCAUCAACAGACAGCACUCAUAGUCAGGUAUUACUUACUAUUCAAUAGCAUU